GUUGUCGAAGACGAGCAGGGGAAAGAAGCAGCGAACUAGUUUGUUUUGUCGAAGAGGAAGAAGAUGGUAAAUAGAAACCAACAGUUCACGAGGGAGACGAAGCAAGAAGUUAAAGAUGGAAGCAAAGAAAAGAACGGUUUAUUCGCUUCUUGUUCCUUCUCUUCGCUAGGCCUAGAUCCCAAGCUGUCUGACCAGCUCAAAGAAAGGAUGGGUUUUGAGGCUCCUACGCUUGUACAAGCUCAAUCUAUUCCUAUAAUUCUCUCCGGUCGAGAUGUACUUGUUAAUGCUGCAACCGGAACUGGGAAAACUAUAGCGUAUUUGGCACCAAUUAUCCAUCACUUGCAGGGUUACUCUCCCAAGGUCGAUCGUUCUCAUGGAACUUUUGCUUUGGUGAUUGUGCCGACAAGGGAACUGUGCCUUCAGGUGUACGAAACCUUGGAGAAGCUGCUACAUCGGUUCCAUUGGAUUGUCCCUGGUUAUGUGAUGGGAGGCGAGAAAAAGGCUAAGGAGAAGGCUAGGUUAAGGAAAGGGAUAUCCAUUCUAAUUGCAACCCCAGGACGCCUUCUUGACCAUUUGCAGAACACAGCUUCAUUUGUGCACAAAAAUCUGCGUUGGGUCAUCUUCGAUGAAGCUGAUUGCAUCCUUGAAUUAGGUUAUGGAAAGGAGAUAGAGAAGAUAAUUAAGCUUCUAGGCUCUGGACAAAACGAGCUAGGGGAAAAUGAUGAUAUUGUUCCUAAGGGUGUUCAGAAGCAGAACUUGUUAUUGUCAGCGACAUUGAAUGAAAAAGUCAACCACCUUGCAAAACUUAGUUUGGACGAUCCGGUAUUGAUUGGUCUUGACAACAGCAAAAUGCAACAAAACGUACCACUAGAGUCUCCCGGCUCUCCUGAUUCCGAUGCGGAUGAUUUGGUAAUUCAUGUAAACAAAGCCGCAAACCCUUCAUCAGAGGACUACGGAAUACCAUCGCAGCUCGUGCAGAAAUAUGUCAAAGUGCCAUGUGGUGCACGGCUUGUGGCACUUCUUUCUGUUCUCAAGAACCUUUUUGAGAGAGAAGCUUCUCAAAAGGUGGUCGUAUUCUUUUCGACACGUGAUGCUGUGGAUUUUCAUUACUCACUUCUGAGUGAAUUCCAGUGGCCACCAAAUUCUGAGACACAAGAAGAGGAGACGACGAAACAGCUGUUUCUAAAGUGCAAAACUUUUCGGUUACAUGGAAGUAUGGAGCAGGAGGAUAGAAGAUCUGCAUUUGGGACUUUUAAAGCAGAGAAACAGGCUCUUCUCUUGAGUACAGAUGUUGCUGCUAGAGGCUUGGAUUUCCCAAAAGUAAGAUGUAUCAUACAAUAUGACUGUCCCGGGGAAGCUACUGAGUAUGUGCAUAGAGUAGGUAGAACAGCUCGUAUUGGUGAAAAAGGAGAAGCCUUGUUAUUUCUACAGCCGAUUGAAAUAGACUAUCUUAAGGACCUUAAGAAACAUGGCGCCACACUUGCAGAGUACCCUCUUCUAAAAGUACUUGAUAAAUUUCCGCUACUCGGCAAUAUGCCUCGCAUCAAAAAGGUCAUAUCCCUAGAAUCGCAUCCUUGGGUCAUAUCUCUGCAGAGAGCUCUUGAAUUCUUUACUUAUGCCGAGCCAAAGAUGAAGAACCUGGCAAAGAAUGCGUUUGUCUCAUGGGUUAGGGGAUAUGCAGCUCACAAGGGAGAGCUCAAGAGCAUCUUUGUCGUGAAGAAACUUCACUUGGGUCAUGUCGCCAAGAGUUUUGCUCUUAAAGAGCAACCUUCGCUGGUUGGAAAAGCACACCAUAAGGAAACAAUGAAGAGGAAGAGAGACGAACGCCAAAAAGGGCAACAAAAGAACAAGAGAAAGAAGAUGAGUGGCAGUAGAAGUGCAACAAAUACUUGAUCAAUUCCCACCAUAAACAAUGGCAUAAGUUUUGUAAUGAAUGAGCAGUUUUGUUCAUCGAAAAUUUUGAAAUAUCUAAAAAGUUUGGAACUUCAUCAUAAUCUGUUAUGAAUUUUACUUGUAAAAGCAGAAAAGCUCAAAUCUUUAUGUGUAUUUAAA